AUGUCUAUUCUAGAGAAAGAGAUGAAGUACAGUGAUGUAUCAUGGGAGCAACUGAACCAAAGCUUUCCUGAAGAAUUCAUUUUAUUAGGAGUGGCUGACCACCCCCACUUGGAGAUGUUCCUCUUUGCCAUCAUCCUGCUCUGCUACACGAUGACCCUCAUGGGCAACACAACCAUCAUUGUGGUGUCAUGGCUGGAUCCCAGUCUUCACACUCCCAUGUACUUCUUCCUCAGCAACCUAUCUUUUCUUGAUCUAGGUUUCACCACCAGUCUUGGCCCACAGAUGUUGGUAAAUUUCUGGAGGAAAAGAAAGACCAUCACCUAUGUGGCCUGCGUGGUCCAGCUGUACAUCUCUCUUGCACUUGGCUCUGCAGAGUGUAUUCUGUUGGCGGUCAUGGCUUAUGACCGCUAUGCUGCAGUGUGCCAACCUCUGCAUUACACUACUAUUAUGAGCCAUUCCAUAUGUCUCAAAAUGGCUGUCGUCUCCUGGGUGAGUGGCUUCUGUACAUCACUAUUGCAAACAGUGAUGACUCUUAAGCUUCCUUUCUGUGGAAAUAACAAGGUGGAUCAUUUUUUCUGUGAAGUGCCGGCAUUGCUGAAAUUGGCCUGUGUGGACACAUCUGUCAAUGAAGCUGUACUGUUUGUUUCCAGUGUGAUCUUCCUUCUAGUACCACUUAGUCUCAUCAUAGUGUCGUAUGCCUACAUUGGUGCUGCUGUGCUGAAGAUCCGCUCAGUGGAAGGCAGGCGCAAGGCGUUCAGCACCUGCACCUCCCACUUGAUUGUGGUGUCACUUUUCUAUGGCACAAUAAUUUUCAGCUAUCUCCAGCCCCCGUCUAACUACUCCCGUGACAUUGGCAAGAUGGUUUCCCUGUUCUAUACAUUUGUCACUACCAUGCUUAAUCCAUUAAUUUAUACGCUGAGAAACAAAGAAAUCAAGGGAUCAAUAUCCCACUAG